GCUAUUAACCCAGGGUUGAUCUCUCUCUCUCUCUCUCUCUCUCUCUCUCUCUCUCUCUCUCUCUCUCUCUCUCUCCCCACUCUUGCUUCGCAGGGUUGUCAAGGACUCGUUUCGAAAAUUGAAGAUUUAUCUGUUUUUUACCCGUUCUCAUUGCGUUUGUGUGAUCGCUGUAGCUGUAUUUCGUGCAACGUUCAGGCCAGAGACAGAUACGACGAGCUGACAGUGUUUUUCGGGGAAAGCAGAUUGUGUUCAUUCAAUUGGCGUUGCUUCCUGGGGAUGUGAAGUUUUUUCACUGCCAUGACUGAGAGACAGAGCCUGGUAAUUCAUUUGUCUCACCGUGUUUGCGCGGAGCAUGUGAAAACGUUUUUUUCCGUUUUGUGCUAUAAUUGGGGUGAGCGCGUUGCCUGCCGCUGCAUUGCUGUGAUAACUACAAAGCGUGGAGCCCUUCUCAGCGACAAGUUCACCGACAACCAGCGCCGUUAAAAUUUGACAGGUGUAAAUAAACGAGAUUUGGUGGCGUUUCAUGAGUGAGCACGCAGCUGCACGCAGCAGAACAAAGUGAAAUUUCAAAAUUGAGGCUUGAAAGUUGAACCUGAAAGCGAAAUUUCAAAUUUGGCGAAGAUGUUGCUACGGUAUCGAGAUUUGUCAAAAUUGCAAACCAAAAAGGUUGUGUUCGAGGAGUCGUAUUAUGCCAAAGACUCAGCCACACUUGAACUUUUAAGAGAGUUAACGACAAAAAGGCGAGCGAUCGAGGAAGUGCUGAAUGGCCGGACCAAUAUUCCGGCCACUGAGACUGCAAUGGCAGGUGGCAUAACGUCACCGGCUAUGCAGAAGCUGCACAAAUGUGAUCAGUACAUUCCGUUUCUUGCCAAUCUCGUGGAACACGUUGUCCCGGAGGUGGAGAGCAAUGCGCAGCUUCGACAGUGGACGCUCGAUUUGAAGAUCCGAUGGACGAGUGUCGUCAGCGGUUCAAGUGGGAGGGGGCUGUUGGGGCCAAAGUUCUUCCGAAUUGAUGAUUUGCGGUUUGAGCUGUGCAUGACGAUGUGGGUUUACGCCGCAUUUCUGAGAGAACAAGCAUACGACGUUGUCGAUGACGACCUUGCAGCGGCCAGCAGGUAUCUGAACAGAGCGGCAGGCGUGUUUGCUUUCCUGGCUGAGAAGGUUCUGCCUCCAUGGGAGCCUGCUCUACCAGCAGUCCGGCCACCAGAAGUCACUGUUGCGGCAGCUAAGUGGAUGCAGACUGUCUGCCUUGCUGAGGCGCAGGGAGCCUUCGCAAGAAGGGGAGAGGUGAUGAAGAUGCGCACAAGCGUUUUGGCGAAGCUGCAUUUUGGAGUUCUGAAGCUCGUGGAAGAGGUUCAAGAAAAGAUGAGCGAAGACAGCAGCAGUUAUGUGGAUAUCUCUGAAAAGCUCAAGGUUCGUAACUUAAGAAUAGUUAAUAUAGGAGUGAGCAAAUGCUAUGAUGAGGGAGUCUGCCCAAAGGGCAUCCAAUUAGGAAAGGUGGUGGAAGAUGGAGGAAAAAGAUUCGUAGUUAAUGAAGAGGUAGAGGAAGUAAAGGAGCAGUGGUUAAAGGAAAGGUCAGUAAUUGUAGUAUUUCAGGGGGAUGCUCGUUCGCUAUCAAGAGCUGUCAAAGAAGACCUGAUCAGAGCAUUUGAAGACGGUUGGACAACUAAAAAGUUUUUUCAGCCUGAAGCAAGACGUGGUAGAGUCAAAUUCGAACACCCAAACGUAGUUUCGUACGUGGCUAAGGUCAAAGAGAUUGCAGAGUGGCUACUGCAGCAGAAAGAAAUGGUGAUCAAGCUGGAGGGGAAGAAUUACACAGUGAAUUUCAGACCACGGCUGUCGAAACAGGAGUUGCAGGAUGUUAGAAUCCAGGAAGCUGAAUCCAAAUUCUGGACUAUGGCACUGAGAGUCCCCCUGGAAGCGUACUUCUACUUGGGAAGUGCGGUGGAAGCCAUCUUCGGGGGGUUCUCGUCGAUGCAGUCACCGGAAUACGACCGAGACAGGCCGAAAUUAAUGAAUGUCAAGUUUGAGAUGCCACCUGAUGCAAGGACCAGGAUAGAAGACGAUUUGACCAUCCAAUCGCCGAAGGGAGAGAGCUGGAAAGUAGAUAUUGUAACUCCAUACACUGAUUGGUGUCGCAGAUGUAGGUGGUACUUUCAUACCGAAGACAAUUGCCCAAAAUUCAAACUCAAGGCGGACGGUCGUGGGGGAAAUGGGGAGAGACCGGGCGGACACAAACUGAGGUUCAGACAGCACCUGCAAGACCAGGAACGAGCGUCACAAGGGAGAGCAGAAGGUACCAAGGACCAGCCAAGAUCACAGCAACAUCCCAUCGGCACAGUUCGGAGUCAAGGCCCCAUUGGGCCUCAGCAGUCUGGACAUCUGCAGCAGAGCGAGGCGGGAGUGGCCUGCCACAGUCGAACUCAGCUGCCUCCGCCGGGAGAGGGCUACACCAAGAUGUACUUACCCAUCUUGGAUGCUCGAAUCCCUCCAGAGACAGCAAGCCUCCUGGAACAGUCAGGGGUCAGAUGGAUCCACAUGGAUCUGGUACGAGAACGGGAUAUGCAGGAGCUGGAGGCCAUCAAGGUCCUGCCAGUCUGGAGGACGAAUGGAGAUCCAUCUCAAGAGCAAGCUCCUCGAGAGGCAGCUCUUGCCGGCACUCGAAGUCCCAGUCAAAGGCAAGCAGUAAGAUCAACACAGCAGACCAGCAGCAUCUGUUGGCUCAACUGUCUUCUUCCCGCAUCCAAUCCAAAGCGGCCACAUCCUCCAAUGAUGAACAAGCUUAGAAUAGCAACUUGGAACGUGAGAGGCCUUGGGGACACCAACGGCCGAAUCAAGCGUAGGAGGCUGAGAUCAUGGGUGCACGAGCGUAAGAUUGGCUGCGCGAUGUUGCAAGAGUCCAAGCUUAAUGAGGUCCAACUGAGGGAGUUCGCGGGGUGGUGGGAUGGCCCCCAGAUCUGGUCCCCUGCCCAGGGGACCAGAGGUGGAAUGGGCAUCCUUAUUCACAGAGACCUGCAAGCGCAAGUCAUCAACGCAGAGGCAGACCUGUGGGGUAGAUGGGCCUGGAUGAAAAUAGUGUUAGGAGGGGAGGAAUGGGUAUUGGUGACCACCUACGCGCCAACAAACUGGAGGGAGAGGGCCAAGUUCUUCACGAGAUUGAAGACUAUAGUCCCAAGAACGGAUAGAAUGAUUAUAGCGGGCGAUUGGAAUGUGUCGCUCGACGAGGCGCUUCGCCCAGGCGCUGAGUGCGCAGGCAGAGGGGAUGUGCAGGCCAUGCUGGACUUCAGCGCUGAACUGACUCUCACGGAUCCGUUCCCAGUGCUAGAUCCGGAUGAUCCGGGAUACACUUGGUUUUCCAAUCUGUAUAGGGACAGACAGGCCAUCACCAGGAGGCGCUUGGAUUUCUUCCUGCUGAGUGAGCAAUCGAUGGAGAAGAUCACAGCAGUCCGCCCGGUCUGUCACCCCAUGUCGGAUCACAAACCAGUGGUGGCUGAUAUCAGUUUGUCAGCAGACGCAGAGCGGGGUAAAGGGUUCUUCCGCCUGAAUAGUCAAAUCCUCGAAGUGCCAGGCAUUGGGGAGUGGGUCUCGGACCACAUGGCUAGAUGGGAGGAGACGAGACCCUUAUUCGAUUCAACAGCAGAAUGGCUAGAUGGAGGAAUAGCCAUAACCUCCGGCGUGUUGGAUGUGUGCUCAAGGAUCCUGGCCAGGACAAGAAACAAAAGAGAAGCAGAAUGUAAGAGAAGAAUAGAGGAGGCAGAGGACCGGAUGGAGGGCCACCCAAUUUCGACUAUGGUAUGGGCUGCUGAAAGAGAAAGAAGGAUGACAGAGUGGAACAGUCUGCAAGAGGAGAAGGAGAAAAGAUGGGUGGAGAUACUGCGUGUAAAGGGAGUGGAAACACACGACAAAAUGACAAAGGAGAUGUUUCUAAAACUGCAGCCACAGAGGACACAGCAGCAAAUGGUGGAACUGCCGCACCCCUUCAAUUCUUCAGCCCCCUCAGCGUGCUCAUCCUCGGGCAUGCUGCAGUACGCAAGACUGUACUACUCUGAUAUUCUGACCUCGAGAAGGCCUCAGGACAGCAAAGACACUGAUCUAUCUCGAACGUCGGACAUGUGGGAAGACACAACAGUAAGGCUGCAUGCGGGCGGCAGGCUAGAUCUGGAUCGUCCAAUCACCUUGGAAGAGAUCUCCCAAACUGUCAAGUCCAUGGCGAAGGGCAAGUCCUCAGGAGUCGACAGCGUGGCGAGGGCUAUCCGUAGACUGGUGGCACGUUUCAUAUGGAAACCCAGAGCGCAGAACUCUGAGUCAUUUAUUUCCAAGGUUGCAUUUGACACCCUGUCCUUCCCGCGAGAGAAAGGGGGGUUGGGGUUGGUAGACCCGACAAGGAGGAACCAGGCACAACUACUGAUCUGGGUAAAGAAAGCUGCAGAGUUGGGGGAGGCAGAACAUUGGGUGGCUCUAGCGGAGUGCGUUUUAAUGGCAGAAUGGGAGUUGAGUCGCCCAAAGGAGGUCUGGGCAUGUUUCUUCAUGCCGUCCUUUAGGAAGAAGAAACUCAAAUCUGGGUUCUGGGAGCCCAUCAGGAAAGCCUGGAAGAAGAUGCCGCCAGAUUCUCGCUCCCCUCCCUCUACAAAAGAGGAAGUACUCCGUCAACUACUGUUCGAAAAUCCAGCAGUGGUAGACAGUACAGGCACCCCCAUCCCCGCGGAUGGGAAAGCAGGGACAUUUGAACAAGCCUGGGUGAGGAGAGGGAUUGUGAGAGUAGAGGACCUAUGGUCACUGACACUGGGAGGGUGGAUCCCUCUCAGUGACCUCAAGCUGAAAUUAAGAGGCCUGCAACGAACGGCGGAACAUUGGGACCAAAUCACGGAUGCUAUACCCCAGGAGUGGAUUCAGAUUCUCGGCCCGGAAGGAACCGACCCCCCAGGUACGUGGUACAUCUCAGAUACAGAACCCGGGGGGGAUGUCCUCUGGAAGGUAUUGGAAACCCUGCCCAGCGGUCUCAGGAGAGUGGAGAGGUGGCGGAACGAUGGCCCACUGAACCUGCUAUCAUUUGUGGAAGAAACAACAACCACCGUUUGGGAUAAUCCGAGUCAAGUGAGGGUGGUGGAGGUGCACACCAAGGGUUCGAGAUCAAAGCAUCUAGCUUGGGUGGGCAAGUCACCUUUGAGAAGCCUGCGGGUUGAUCCUGUGGCGUGGAGCUGGUCUGCCAACACAGCUGGUAGCAACGAGAUCAGCUUGCAGGAGUACACAGUCGCCCAUGGAUACCAAAUCGCCUGCAAACCUCUGAAGCCUCCAGCGAAAGUGGCAGUGGCCUGGUGGCAAGCAGUGUGGCAAGGAGACCUUGCAGGGACUGACCAAGACUUUGAAAAUUUGUGGAAGAAUCUGACCAGAUUACCAAACGGUAAACAAAAGUACCUGGCAGUGUGCAACCUAUUGCACCGAGCAAGGGGCUUGCGCCAUCAUGCCGAGGAGCACAGUGCGGCAAAUCGGAUCGGACCUGCUUUGGCCACAUUGAAGUGUAUUCUGGCUGAAGUCCAGCAAUUCAAACCACCAGGCGAAGAUCCGCAGUGGAAGAUCAUCUUCAUGUCGGAAUGGGACGCGCUUGCGGCUGCGACGAACAGAUUGCAUAGGGAGAACGAAGUGGUUUGUCUCUUCCGUACGAGUUGGUGUCCCAUAACCGAGAGUUCGCUUUUGUAUUUUGAUGACCCUACACUGCAUUUCUCGUCUUCGACUGCUCCGUCCAAGAGUUCGCUUUUGUAUCGAGAUGCGAGGACGAUGGCGUUCUCGCACCGUCCAAGAGUUCACUUUUGUAAAAGAGCUCUUCCGUACGAGAGUCGGUAUUGCAUACGAGAUGAAUUGUCCCAUAACCGAGAGUUCACUUUUGUAUUUUCGUUUUUGUAUCUUGACGAUGCAACACCGCAUUUGUCUUCUUCUACUGCAGCAGCACGUCAUCGAGAUGCGAGGACGACAGCGGUCCCGUACCGCUCCAUCGACAUAAGAGUUUCUUCCGUACGAGCUGAUAUUCCAUACAUACGAGUUGGUGUCUCAUAACUGAAGAGUUUGUUUUUGUAUUCUGAUCGACUCCACACCGCGUCGCUCAUCUUCUACUUUGCAGCAGCGCUCCGUCGAGGUGCGAGGACGACGGGCAAUCGCGUACUGCCGUCAUCGAUGUACACGGGGUUCGUCCAUUACGAGCCGGUAUCUCGACACUGAAGAGUUUUUUUUAGUUUUUUUUUUCUUCUUCUUCUUUUGUUUGUAUUUUCAUGACGCAUCCACGCCGCUCAUCUUCUAUGCCAGCACCCCCUCGAUCUGCAAGGACGGCGGCGGCGGUACCAUCAUCGAGGGCGUGGAGGGUAAAAUCGCGUGUGCCGCGCUGCAGCAGCUGUUUCUCGUAAUUUACUGCUGCACUCGACUGAGUCGACUGUCGAGGUAAUUAGUAAUAAUCACUAAUUAGUAAUUAGUGAUUACUUCCAUGAUUCCAUCUGAGAGAGAAUGAUUAGAGUGAGAGCGAGGUUUAGGAGUUGUUGUUCAUAAUGCGUUUGUUAAUCCAUCGGAAAUUCGGAAUAAUGGCGUAGUAAAGCUAAUCAACAUUGUGGCAAUUUGGGGCAAAGGAAGAUGAAAAUUCUCUGAAAUUGCAUGGCUGUAUUACUGGUUUGUGCCACUCAGACAAGAGUGACGUCCAAAUCGCUAAACGUGGAUUGUUUUUCCCUUUUUUUUCCUUUUCAGAAAAAUAUAUAUUUGGACCCCCCCGUAAACCAAGAGAGCAGCUGAGGCAGUUGAAUAAUGGCAUGAGUAGAAGUUUUACAGAUUCAAUGACCCCAAUCAGCUGUGUUUCAGAGGGAGUAGCUGUCUCUCACCGGCUGAGAAGAUAGGAGAUAUACCUCAGCAGCAGCAGCAGUAGCGGGUUCACCAAAGGAGAGCCGCCGCCAAGCGCAGGUUAUCGGUCUUACCUCGUGCCUCUCUUGGCCGGCGCGGCAAUCAAAAAUUGACGUGCGUUUUGGCGUUCAUACCAUGCCUUCGAAGUCCAAAGUUAGGAUGCUGCUGCUGAGUGCGCGUGCGCAUGCACAUGCAUAGACAAACACACACACACGGGCACUUACACACACACGCACACACACACACACACACACACACGCGCGCGCGCGCGCGUACACACACACAUACACGUACACACACACAUAUACACACACANGCGUACACACACACAUACACGUACACACACACAUAUACACACACAUGCACACACACACACACACACACACACACACACACACACACACACACACACACACACGUACACACACAUACACAUACACAUGCACACAUACUGCCAUUCUUGUCUGCAGUUUGAAUAGACAGUGAGCUAAGAUUGCAAGGUUGGUGUGAGUGAAGCCGACCACUUUUCUCUCUCAGGGGUGUGGCUGAAUCUGGGCGACGUGACGAAUGCUAACCCAUUAGUCAAAUGCAUCCUGGGCAGACAGGCUGUCCAGGUUCAGCCUCAUGAGUCGAUGAAAGUCAAACGAAACAGUCUGGCACAGUCAUGCUUUUUUUUUUUUUGCGGAAUUGUGUAUAGCGAACAUGACAACACGCACACGCGCACACACGCAUGGACGCACGAGCCUUUCUUCUUUUGUGGUGGGAUGUGUUUCAUUUUUGGUUGUUUGUUUACUUACACGUGUGACAUGGGCUACUUCUUUACCCUGCUUCAGAGCAUGGGCGGUCUCUUUUACGAAGGAAAAAUUGUCUGUGUGGGUGGCCACAAGGUUUUUAUCAGGGUAGGAAUGUACGUUUGGACUCUGGAUGGAGUUUUGGCCAUCGUAUCUUUGCGAGGAGGCUCAGAGAGAGUGUUUGCUAUGGGUGACAUUGGGGGCCAUUCCCACGGGAUGCUCUUUUGGAGCACAUGGAAGAAAUGGGGGCUUCUAUGUGCCCAAUUGGGAAUGACAUUGGGUGUCAUUCCCAAUGAAGUUUUAAGCAGUGG